GAGACAAAUGCCCAAGCUCCUGGCCCAAUCGCUGAUGCGCAGCCCGUCUCCGAAGUUGCCACCCGAGAGCAGCCAGCUCAAGGCAGCCUUUGCCGACCUCACCGUGCUGGAGGUGAACUUGGAUGAUGCAGCACAACUGAACCGCUUAGCCACCCUGGCCCAGCUUGCCAGCGGACUCCUGAACUUGCAGCUCUUCUGCAUCUCCUGCCCGGCGCUUCGGAAAGUGCCGAAUCAGGAGGGCCUCCGCGGCUUGUCGACGCACCAGGAGCUGCGGUUCCUCCGGAUGGAGAGCUUCCAACUCCACAGCCUCCCGGCGGAGGUUUUUGUGGGCCUCAGCCACUUGGAUGGGCUGAUGCUCCAGAACAACGCUCUCGAAAGCAUCACGGCCGGUGUCUUUCAUGGCCUCCAGAAUCUCACCCAGCUGAAUUUGAAGUACAACCAACUCGCGGAGCUUCCCAAAGGCGUCUUCGACGAGCUCAAAGCGCUGAAGACUCUGAGGCUGGACUACAACCAGCUUUCGAAGCUUCCCAGCGGCCUUUUC